UGACUUCAUGGUUAUUACUCAUUUAUUUAUUAGCUGUUACCAAUGCUACCAUUAAUUAUCAAUCGUGGAUUUAUGUCAUUUCACCCUCAUAUAUCGAGAUUGAAUAGAUGGAUAAUAUUCUCAUCUCUGAAGAAUCUUAAUAUAGUGGUAUACAUUGUCUUUGCCCUGGUUAAAAAUAUUAAUUAGCCAUGGUCUUUGUGAUGCAUUGAUGACAUUAUUCGUGUUUUAAACAAUUAUCGCAGAUCGCAUGGUUAUCACUUAUCACCACUUGUAGCUCUCAGCUAUCAACCUGGGCGGCUGGGCGUGUUUAUUGACUUGUGAGUAAGUUAUGUUUACUGUUUACCAUUUUACCAAACAUAAAAUUAUUUUGAAUACUAUCAAUUGAGUUUGCAUUCCGAGUUCGGGUGUAUGCGUAUUUUAUUUUACACUUUUUAGAAAACAGUUUAGACUUUCAAUAUUAAUUUCAAUAACCGUGACUAUUCGAUGUGACCAUCUGACAAUUAAAAAUAAGUAACCACAACUCCUACAAUUUAAUGUUUUUUGUAGAUUUUCUCAGUUGAUAAUUUAGUUUUUCGUUUUUUUUUAUUUUUAUUAUACAUUAUAUUCAUAUAUUUUUUGAUUCCGUCGAAAUGUACGCCCGAAGUAAAACUCCCAGUAUGGGAACGCCGUCCGUGUACUCGAUACACGCUAGUCAUUUGACUAUCCGAUCUUCUAAUCUGCGGUCGACACGUUCCAUGAAGUCUUUGCGUGUGCCGUGGUACCAACGUCCUAUAUUGAAAGACGCUUACUUCCUUGAUACGCAGAGAGGUGCACUCGUCAUUGCCUUCUAUUCACUGUUUCUAAGCAUUUUUACGUUGGUAACGUCUGCGUUUGAUACAUAUUGUCUGGCUAUGGCUGUUCCUGGAUCUACACAUUAUGGUUACUAUGUCAUGAGCUAUCAAUUUGUAUAUGUUGGAAGCUCUUGGGUCAGAAAUUUAUUGGUCUUAUUCUCGUUGUUUUCAUUUAUCGUGGCAGCUAUUAUUUUUGUAACAAGUUUGAUUCUGAUAUCUGCAUUACGCAAGGAGCACGAGAAACGGAUUGUGCCUUGGUUAUUUUCGUUUGCUGCAUUUACAAUAUUUCGAUUUAUUGCCUGGUUGUUUUCUUCAAUAGCCAAUGACCCUAUUUUUGGAUAUAAUUUUACUAUGAUUUUGCUGGGUGCAUUGUUCAAUGUCAUCAAUGUUUACGGUUGGAUACUUGUGUACUCUUUGUACUUGGAACUGUUUGAUUUGACUAAGCUUGAAGAUUUAGCACAUUUGAGAAUUGGAACUAUGGCCUCGCUGAAUGCAUCUACAACCCAUUCUUUAGCUGGAUCUCGUCCGACUACACCUCACAGUACAGUUUCCACCGUUCCAGUAUAACAUGAUAUAAUAUUUUAUUGAUAAAUUAACCAGGCGUCCAGGCAUAUAGUAUUUAUUUUUAUUUUUAAGCUAUAGUAGAGUUGCUAAUCCAAACUUGAUUUGGAUAUCUGGAGUAGCUUGGUCUGGAAUAGCGAAACUUCACUAUAAUAUAGGUAUUAUUAAGUAGACUUAUGACAAUGCGCUUGACACAAUGUAACCUUAUCCGUCCAUUUUGUGUUCAAAUGUUUUAAAUUGUUGACAAUUAAUCAGUAUUUUUUUUAUUCAUAAGUAUUAUAUUUCAUUUUUAUACUUGAAUACUUUUUAUAUCAUUAUUUUUAUUGUUAUUUUUAUAUGGGUUAAACACAUUGUAUAUUGACAAAAAAUGUCUGGCUUAUACAUAGUACAAUAGUAAAAUUAUACAACAACAAAACAAAAUAUAACUUUCCUAUUUUAAAUAAUUUUCUUUUAAAACACAGUGCCAUAUUUAUGUGUGGGUAUUGGGUAAUGAGGUUUCUACCUCAUCAGAUAAUUUAUCGUGUCUAUAUAUAUUUUUUAAAAUUUAUAAAAAACGUAAAUACCAUGAUACUGUUAGUAAAAUGAACAUUUCUUGUUUUUCAGAAUAUUAGUUAUCAAAAUGUAUUGUAGUAGGCAAGGGGCUUAUAAACUAUUUUUCUUUGUAAAGAGACCACUUCUCUCAAAAUAUUUUUUUGUUAACAUUUCACUGAAAGAUAAUCACUGUUUUGUUUUGUCUUUAUUGCCUGACAUGACCCACCAUAAUAUAUCAAUUGACAACACUCAUAUUUUAAACUUAACAAUCUUGAUCUGAAUUUAUUAUUGAUGAAACUUUUAUGCAACUCAAAUAAAAGAGAGUCAAAUUUAAUAUUUAAAAUCGAAUAGUAUUUUGUAAUUAAAUAUUACUAUUUAAUAAUUAUACUCUAUAUUAUGUUUAA